AGUGCCCUCAGACUGGCCUCUCUCCUCUGCGUUUGCCAGCACCAGCAACCUGUAGCAUCCCGCCCCUGUGCCUCGGCCACGCCCACCAGCCACGCCCACCCACCCACACACACGCCCACCACACACAAGACUACCCCACCGAGCGCCAUCAGACUCAACCUGAAAUUCCCUCCAAGAGUCGGCCAGGUGAAGGGAAGAAGGCUUACCAGUGCAGUGCUUUUGGAAGUUUAGCUAUUUUGUGUGACAUCAGUUGCAAGGGGAUGACCGAGCGCAUUCAUAACAUCAACCUUCACAAUUUCAGCAACUCUGUACUUGAGACCCUCAAUGAUCAGCGAAACCGCGGGCACUUCUGUGACGUGACUGUUCGGAUCCAUGGCAGCAUGCUGCGUGCGCACCGGUGCGUGCUGGCCGCAGGCAGCCCCUUCUUCCAGGACAAGCUCCUCCUGGGCUACAGCGACAUCGAGAUCCCGUCUGUGGUGUCCGUGCAGUCCGUCCAGAAGCUGAUCGACUUCAUGUACAGCGGCGUGCUGCGUGUCUCGCAGUCGGAGGCACUGCAGAUCCUCACGGCCGCCAGCAUCCUGCAGAUCAAGACCGUCAUCGACGAGUGCACGCGCAUCGUCUCGCAGAACGUGGGCAUGGCCGCACCCGGUGCCUUCGCCGUGGGCCCGGGCGACUCGGCGCAGGGUACGCCACGGGGCACGCCCGAGUCAGGCACUUCGGGCCCCAGCAGCGACGCUGAGUCAGGCUACAUGCAGGCGACGUCGCAGCAGGGCCUGGAGCGCGUCUACUCCUCGCUGUACGCCGGCUGCACCGCCCUGGGCCUGCAGAACGGCACGCGGGGGGAGCGGACGCAGCACUAUGGCACCGGGGGAGGGGGUGCAGCCACAGUGGCCACGGCGGGCGGCGGUUACGACACAGCCCUGCCCCUGCAGCAGAAGGAGCCGGGACAGGAGCCGGCCUGGAUCGCCCGCAUCCACGAGCGGCAGCAGCAGGUGGAGCGUUUCCUGGCCGCGUCAGAGAGCACGCACUGCCGCAAGCAGCCGCGGCCCGUGCGGCUGCACACGGGUGAUGUGCACAUCAAGCAGGAGCAGGGUGACGACUACAGCUGCUAUGGCCUGGAAGAUUGCCGCGAGGACGGCGACCCGCCUGAGGGUGGUGAUGGCGAGCCCAAAGGCGAGAGCUUCGACUCGGGCGUGAGCUCCUCCAUCGGUACCGAGGUUGACCCCGUGGAGCAGCAGUUCCUGUCCAGCUUUGGCCGGGAGGUCGGCGGAGGCCAGGGCGAAGCUGGCACGCCCGUUCACAUCGAGGUUACCGACUCAUCCCCCGAGCAGACCCAGGAGGCCGGAGAUGACAGCAGUGGGCCACCACAGGGCGGGGGAGGAGACGUGGCCAUGCACCAGCCGCCACUCAACUCGUCCGGGCCACAGUCCGUGCCCAGCGGGCAGCUGUACAUCCGGCCGGGUGAGACUCUCGCCAGCAACCUGCGCAUGCCGCUCACACUGACCAGCAACACGCAGGUGAUGGGCACUGCGGGCAACACCUACCUGCCCACGCUCUUCGCCACGCCAUCGGCCAGCGAGAACAAGCCCUUCCUCUUCAGCCUGCCACAAUCCAUGGGGGGCCAGCAGCCACAGUUUGUGGCUGUGCCCCCCCACGGCCUGCCGCCCUUCCCCGGCGGCCUGGCCGGGGUAACCCCGGCAGGUGCCCAGCAGCAGGCUGCCUCUGGUGUGGCCCAGCAGGGCGAGAAGAAGCCCUAUGCCUGCACUCUCUGCUGUAAAACCUUCACUGCCAAACAGAACUACGUCAAACACAUGUUCGUGCACACAGGUGAGAAGCCACACCAGUGCAGUAUCUGCUGGCGGUCGUUCUCUCUGAAGGAUUACCUGAUCAAACACAUGGUGACCCACACGGGCGUGCGCGCCUACCAGUGCAGCAUCUGCAACAAGCGCUUCACACAGAAGAGCUCGCUCAACGUCCACAUGCGGCUACACCGCGGAGAGAAGUCCUACGAGUGCUACAUCUGCAAGAAGAAGUUCUCCCACAAAACCCUGCUGGAGCGUCACAUGGCCCUCCACAGCACGGCGCCUGGGGUCGCAGGCGGAGCUAGCACCGGUGGCCCCACCUCCAUCCCUGUACCGAUGGCCGUUCCCGAGCCCGGGGCAGGAGUGGUGGCGCUGGCCAUGCCAGUGGGAGGGGGUGGAGCCGGAGGUGGAGUUGGAGGCACGGGAGUGGGCGUGGCUGCGGAGGCGAGCUGCCAGGAAGGGACCACCUACAUGUGCUCCGUGUGCCCUGUGAAGUUCGACCAAAUCGAACACUUCAACGACCACAUGCGCAAGCACGUCUCUGACGGAUAAGUACAAAUCGAAAAAAAAACUUCUUUUAAACAAAAAGAAUGAAAAGAAAAUGGCACUAGAUUUUUUCCCUUAUAUUGGGGCAUGAAGAGUAAUGAGUAUAGACACUGGCACAUUAAGUUUCCCAGAAAAAAAGGUGUUUUUCAUUUUGUUUUGGGUUUGGUUUUGUUUUGUUUUGGUUUGGUUUUUUUUUUUUUUUUUGGAGGGUUUUCUUUUUUUGGCGUUGUUAUUCUUAAAGAAUAAAAAAAAGAUGGUGGCCUUAAGGCCAUGUAGUUGGAUAAUGAUCCACUGGUUGGAUCCAUACUACUGGCCUCUAAAUGUAUGAUUUUUCUCAAAUACUGAUUUAUGUGUUGAACACUACCAAAAGGCCUGCGAAAGAUCACACACACACACACACACACACACACACACACACACACACACACACACACACACACAUAUCCAUACAGAAGCGCAGACUACUUUUACACUUACAUACAAUAGAGUUAUUCGUAUGUGUGUGUAUAUAUGGCUGUGCUUGUGCGUAUGCAUGUCUGAGUGAGUGAGAAAUUGUGUGUGUGUGUGUGUGUGUGUAUGUGUGUGUGUGUGUGUGUGUGUGUGUGUGUGUGUGUGUGUGUGUGUGUGUGUGCGCGCACGCACAAAGAUAAACAUUGCCGUGAAAUUUUUAAACUAGUAGAUGUUUUCCCAUGUAGACCGUAUUGGACCCCAUAGGUGUCCAAGCUUACUGUGGUAUACCUUUUUAAAAAAGACAAAAAUUAGCAUCUGGUUUGGGCUCUAGAUUCAUUCUAAAGUAAUGAUGGUCACAAGUUUGCCUUUUAAUGUAAGAUAAGAAAAGGAGAGUUGUUCAAUCUGACACUGGCUUUUAUUUAUUAUUAUGGUUUUGAGGGAAAAUGAUGCAGCUGUUAUCAAGGUACAAGUCAACUUCAAUAAUUGUACUGAUAUGUAACUUCCUGUGAGUGAGGUGAAGAAAGAAAAUUAUGCUUAUGACAUUUUCUUUUUUUCCCACAAUUAUUUUUGAUGGCUCAAGUAAAGUUUACAAAAUAAGGGUUUGUUUAUAAAUGACAGUAUUCGAGCAAAAACGUUAAAUGCCGUUAAGAAUUUUCUGAUUUGCUUUGCAUACACUGCCAGUAAGAAGACUGUUAUUUGACCUCUUCCACUUCAGAUACAAAAUGUGAGAUAACAAAAAACAAAAACUACCACCACCAACAAAAGAGGGUUAUUUUUAUUUUGGCUUCAAAUGAUUCAGCAAUUUCAAUUGCUCCAUGAUUCUAUUUUUUAAAAAAAGAAAUCACACACGCGGAUUUUACAUUUUCAGUGAAACGGCAGGCUUCAGUAUGUAAAUGGCCCACAGUCUCCAGCUCUAGCCACCCUUGCUUCACACUCACUGUUAUCAGGUCUACAAUUCCAGUUGUGUUUCUGUGACGGUCCCUACAACUCUGAACACAGCAACCAUCCAGCUAGCUGAGGCCACUUGUGACAGCUAUUAGCUGGCUUAGACGGCGAGCCAUUUGGAGAACUGGACAGAAAUAACCCUCGAAAAGGCCUAAAAAAAAAAAUUUUUUUAAAUAAACCAGAGCCUCUGUGUUUCCUGUUGGCGACAUCUAAGGUGACUCAGCUGUUUGGGCGGGUGGGGUGAAUAAAAUGCACUACUUCUGAUCUUUAAGCCCCACCUAGUGGCUCAAACAGCCUACCAUGUGCUUUCGCCUGACAGGAAUCACAGACGGCAUGGAAAAGACAGGAGAACUGAGACACAGGGCAAAAUGAACAACUCCUUACUGAACCACAGCAAAGUAAACCUGGUCAAUUUCGUUCCCUUCUGAUAUGCCACAGCUUAACAAGAUAGACUCUUCAGACAAUAAAGACACAUUCCCGAUUUCAUGGAUAAUUAGACAUUGUGUGUGCUGAGUAGAUUUUUUGGAAGUGAGAUGAGAGAGGUUGUAAUUAAAGUGUCGUGUCACUCUAAAGCUCUGUGCUGGUAUUUGGCUUUGUUGUACACGUAUUGUUCCAGACUUAUCCGCCUGCAACUGCAAUUCUGGGGAUUUUUGCUCACUCCUUAAAGUAGAUACACCGUUUUCUGUAGUUAGGAUGGUGAAAAAAAAGCAAUCAUAAUUAGUUUGACUUAUUUUCCUUUUUUUGGAAUUUAAUCCAAAAAUAAUAAGUUGUAGAUUACAAAAAAGUGCUACUUUGCACACUUACUUCAAAUGCCUGUGCUUAAUAUUAAAUUGUUUUACUUAAGAAAUGAAAUUCUAUUAUUUUCUUUUUCUUUCAUUGGUUUUAAAGGAAAUAUCUUUCUUAAAAGCUUGAUAAGAGGACUGCAUUGUUUUCUUGCAUAUAUGUUGCACUGCAUAAACCAAUAAGUGCACUACUGUUCCCAGAGAGGUCCUAGUUUUUAGAGAAAAAAGAUUCAUUUUUUAUCUCAUGUUUGGUUCUAGAGUUCACUUGUGUUUCGAGUAACUGUUUCUUUCUUAUGAUAAGAUGAUUAAAUGUUUCUUAGCUUUUGUUAUUAUUGCUUGCUAAUGUAUUUACUUGUGCUGUGUUUGUGCAAGCAUUGGUUUUGUUUGUUUGCUUGUUUUUUCCUAUUUAAAUCUGAACCAUUGUGUGAGCUUGUGCCCUGGUUUUGCCAUUUAAUAUGUUCUUUUCACCACUUAGUCCCCCCACCAGCAUUGCAUACUUUGAGACAGAUUCUCAAUUUUCUUCCCGUUCCUUAAGCAAAUCAUACCAAACUAAAAACAAACAAAAAGUUCAAAAACAACAAAAAAA